AUGGAAUGUAUUGUGACCAAUGAAAAUAGUAGGUUUCCUCCUUAUCACAAUUUUUUAAAAAAUGAAAAUAUAUACAACUAUAUAGAUUAUAUUCAAAUUAUUGGAAAUAUUUAUUAUAAAUAUACCGAAAUAAAUGAUAUUAUUAAUCAGAUAUACAUAAAAAGAAUAGGUCUGUUAAAUAGUGUCAAAAAUGUGAAAAGAAAUAAUCCAAACUUUGAAAAUCUUCAAAUAAAUUCGAAAACGAAACAUGUGUAUCCAAUAUCUAUAUAUAAACAAGACACCUUAUCUAUUACAUCUAUAAAUAGUGAUUCUAUAAAUAGUGAUUCUACAAAUAGUGAUUCGACAAAUAGUGAUUCUACAAAUAGUGAUUCUACAAAUAAUUGGGAAAAUGUUAAAUCUAAUAUAAAUUGCCAAGUAAUAAAAAACAAAAAUAAUCACAAUGAAAGCUAUAACCAAAAUUUUGAUAAAACUUAUGGGGACAUAUCCUUAGAGAGAAAUACAUUCUUAACUACAAUAAAUAAAAAAUAUUUAAAACAAAAUACACAACCAUUAUUGAACUAUUCUGACGAAAUUCGAAUGUGUAGUAGUGGUGAAAAUGGAAAUGCUGGAAAUGCUGAGAAUGGUGGGAAUGUUGGGAAUAGUGGAAAUGCUGGAAAUGCUGGAAAUGCUGGGAAUAGUGGAAAUGCUGAGAAUGCUGGAAAUGCUGGAAAUGCUGGGGAUGCCGGAAAUGAUGGGAAUGAUGGGGAUGAUGGGAAUGCAUGGAAAGAUAAAAAAAAGUGUGGGAAUGAUGAGGAUGAAAAUUUGAUAAAUGAAAAAUUGAUAAAUGAAAAUUUGAGAAAUGAAAAUAAUGAUGAAGUGGAUAACUUAUCAAAACAAAUUUAUGAUGAUAAAAUUAAAAAUAAAAUAGAAGUAAAUAUAAAACAUGAUAAUAUAAUUGGAAAUAACAAUGUAACAAAUAAAACAAAUGUAAGUAACAAUACAAUUGGAAAUAUAGAUGGGAAUAAUAUAAAAUAUGAUGUAUUUCAAGGAGAUGAUAAAAUGGUAAUUGGUGGAAAUUAUGUUAAUAAUAAUAUGAACAACCCUUUUAAUGUUAAUAAAAAUUUAAUAAUGGGAUCUAAGAAUUUUAAUUUAACAGCAUCUGGAAAAACAUAUAGAGGAAAUAAAAUAAAUGAAUCUGGUAAAACAACAAAUGGAAUUAUGGUUAAAGAAAAUGAAGAAGAAUAUAGACAUGAUCAUCUAAAUAAUAAUAAUAAUAAUAAUAUUCCGAUUUCAAAUGAUGGGAAAAAAGAUUUUACAAAAUUAGAUGGAAUAGAUAUAAACAAUAUUGGAAACAAUCCAAAUGUUUAUAAUCAAAUAAUGGCUAGUCAUAUCAAUCGUAUGAAUAAUAACAACAAUGUAAUAAUAAUGAAAAAUUUUAACCCCAUCAAUUUUCCUAUAAAUUCACAUAACUUUAAUAUGAUACCACCAUAUAAUAAUGUAGGAAAUGUAGGGAAUGUGGGAAAUGUAGGAAAUGUAGGAAAUAUGGGGGGCAUGGGUGGCAUGGGUGGCAUGGGAAGCAUAAUAAAUAAUAACAUCCCAAACAUCCCAAACAUCCCAAACAUCCCAAACAUUCCAAACAUACAAAACAUUCCAAACAUCUCAAGCAUCUCAAACAUACAAAACAUCCAAAACAUCCCAAACAUCCAAAACAUCCAAAACAUCCAAAACAUCCCAAACAAUUUUUUAAUGAAUACACAAAUAAAUGGAAUUAACAAUAAUUCCUUAAACGAUAUAAAUAUUACAAACCCUUCUAGUGGUGUAAUUGGUGUUUUAGGAAAUUUAUCUUAUAAUAAUAAUGUAAUUUCAAACAAUAUAGAUGGAAAUUUAAAUAAAAAAAAUUCGUCAGCAUUUAUUGAUAAAGAUAAAAGUAUUAAAGAUAAUGAAAAUUGCAAAAAAAAUAAUAUUAAAAAUUCAAAUAAUAAAAAUAUAAAUAAUGUUGAAGGAGAGAAUAAUAAAAAUACAAUAAAAAAUAUUCGUAUGGAAAAUUUAAAGUUUAAUGAUAAUAUAGAUUUAAAAAAUAUAGAUGGAAUCGAUUUAAGCUCAUAUUUUGUAAAUGGAAAAUAUUGCUCUAAAUUACCUAAUCAUGAAAAAAUAUAUAAUAUAAUUUAUUACAUUGUUAAUAAUUCAUUACAUGAAUAUUUAACUGACUUUUAUAAUAGUGAAGAUUUGGUAUAUAAAGAAAAAGACGAAAAAGAAGAAAACGAACAAAAUGAAGAGGAUGAGAAUGUUUUAAAAAAUGAAACUACAAAAUGUGGAGAAGCAAACAUAUUAGAUUCAGAUAAAAAUUCAAAAGGGGAGCAAAAUAUAUUAUUAGAAAAUUCUGAACAAAUAAUUGAAAAAGAAGAAAAUAACAAAAAUAAAAGAAAUGCUGAUGAUAUUAUUGAUGAGAAUGAAAUUGAUAAAGAGGAUGGAAAUGAUGAUAAUACAAUACGAAAAAAAAAAAAAAUAAAAGUUGAAAAUGGGAAUGAGAAUGGGAAUGAGAAUGAAAAUGGAAAUGGAAAUGGAAAUGGAAAUGAAAAUGAAAAUCAAAAUCAAAAUCAAAAUCAAAAUAAAAAUCAAAAUGGGAAUGGUGGAGUAGAUGCGCCGUGUAAAAAUAACCAAAUAGUAGAUGAAGAUGGAAACAAAAAAAGUGGUAACAUAAAUAAUGCAGAAAAUUGCAUGAGUAAUAAUAACAAUAUGAAACCAGAAAUGAAAGAUAAUGAAAAUAAUUAUAUAUUAGGUGAAAUAACAAAAAGUAUAUGUUCUAUAUUAAAUUUACAACAAUUAAUGCCAGUAAAUACAAGAUUAAAUAAUUCCGGUUUAAUUUAUGAUCCUAAUUAUGAAACAAUAUAUUCAAAAUGGAAACUAUUUUUAAAAAAAGAACAAUCAAGUGGAAAUAUUAUCAGCAAAUGUUUUUCACGAGAUUUUUUACAUACUGUUUUAUUAUGUAAUUAUGAUAGUAUAAUUGAAGAUUUGAAAAAAACAGCAGUAAAAAAAAAAAUAAAAUAUUUUUUUCUUCACAUUUGCUUGGAAGCAAAUCUUCCUAUCAAUGUUGCAUUGAUGCUCUUUUUGAAUGCAACAAAGCAGAGCGACAAGUUGCAGUCUCUACUGCCAUCAGAAACUGGCUUGGGAUAUUUGCAUCGAGAUGCUGGAGGAGCAAAAGAAGAAAACAUGGGAAUUAUAACUUUUGAAUGUAUAACAAAUGAUAGAGAACCUGAUCAUUUAAUUAAAUUAAUAACAUUAAAAAAUAUAUUUUCAAGACAAUUACCUAAAAUGCCUAGAGAAUAUAUUGUGAGAUUGGUAUUUGAUAGAAAUCAUUAUACAUUUUGUUUACUUAAAAAAAAUACAGUAAUUGGUGGUGUUUGUUUUAGACCAUAUUUUGAACAAAAGUUUGCUGAAAUUGCAUUUUUAGCAGUUACAUCAACAGAGCAAGUUAAAGGAUAUGGAACCAGACUUAUGAAUCAUUUAAAAGAGCAUGUCAAAAAGUUUGGAAUUGAAUAUUUUCUAACAUAUGCAGAUAACUUUGCCAUCGGGUAUUUUAGAAAACAGGGGUUUUCACAAAAGAUUUCGAUGCCAAAAGAGAGAUGGUUUGGGUAUAUAAAAGAUUAUGAUGGAGGAACAUUAAUGGAAUGUUAUAUAUUUCCAAAUAUAAAUUAUUUAAGAUUAUCUGAAAUGUUAUAUGAACAAAAAAAAACAGUAAAAAAGGCAAUACAUUUUAUAAAACCCCAAAUUAUAUUUAAAGGGUUAAAUUAUUUUACUGAAAAUAAAGGAGGAAAUUUACACCCUAAUAAUAUUCCAGGCUUAUUGGAAAUUGGAUGGAAAAAAGAAUAUAAAGAUAUGACAACAAAAAAAACACAUCAUAAAGAAGUUCAAUUAAAAGAUCAAAUUAUAAAUGUUCUUGAUUAUUUGGAAAAACAACAAUCUGCUUGGCCUUUUUUAAAACCAGUCAGCCUUUCUGAAGCCCCAGAUUAUUAUGACAUCAUCAAAGAACCCACUGAUAUCUUAACGAUGCGAAGGAAAGCCCGUCAUGGGGAAUAUAAGACGAAGGAAGACUUUGGAAUUGAGUUGAAGAGGAUGUUUGAUAACUGCCGAUUAUACAAUGCGCCAACAACGAUAUACUUUAAAUAUGCCAAUGAAUUACAAGCCUUAAUCUGGCCCAAAUAUGAAGAAAUUAGCGAAAUGGCAAAGUAA